UAGAUAUUCUAAAUACAAGUUAUAGAUUUAUAGAUAUAGAUUAAAGUCAAUGAUGAAGAAAAUAAGCAAACAAGUAGACUCGUCAAGUUCAGAAGAUGAAAAUUUUACAAAUAAUUUGAAGGAAGCGAUUGAUCAGCAAUUUUUAAACAAUAAUCUAUAUAGCGUAGAAAAAGUCAAAGCUGUUUCUCAGUCCGAACCAAAAACUAGCAAACUGGAUAAAAGUUAUUCUUUGAGACUAAACUCAAAACAAGAAGAUAACUUUACAAAUUUUGGUGUUACUGCCACAUUUCAGAGUUUUAUUGCCAAAAAACUAGAUGAAAUUUUGGAACGAUCUAUAAAGAUGGAAAGCGAUAAAAUUGCUAAUUAUUGUGAUAAACAAAAACAGAGAAAGGACAAGAACUUUGGAAUAAAACUUCUAAGUACAUCAAACAAAUUAUUAACUGUUGCAAAAGUUGAAGAAGAAUGUAUGGAAUAUAAGAAAAAAUUCAAAAGAAAUAGACAGAUUAGAGAGGAUGACGAGACUUCAUCAAAAUUUCAAGAAGCUGUUAUUGAUCCAGAAUCUAUAUUAAAUAAAUUAGAUACAAAAGCUUGGGUUAAUAAACGUCCAGAAUCAGAUUUUAAAUAUAAAAGAUUAAAAAAUGGUACUUUAAUUGAGAUGUAA